AUGGCAAUUAAAACAUUGGCCGCCGCCUUUAGAGUGCGCCAUGACGACUCAGAGGACAUUGCACUUCAAAACCUCAAGGAUGGUAAGAUAGCUAUGCCACCUGCGGUGCCUGCGCCGCCAUAUCGACAUGCCGCACCAUCGGGACCAUGGCCAUGGAUGGACUUCAACAUAGAAUUUACGACCUCUACGGAGUCCACAACUGCCAUUGAUCCAUCCUGGCGGGGGUACCCUCAGAACCAGUUCGGGAACUGGACUCCAGACCAAGUAGGGCGUAGUCAGAUGCUCGAAAAGUGUCUGGGGAAUAUGUCUAGCACAAUUUACUGGAUGGAUGUGCGUGAUGACGGGAGUUUUGGAUGUCCAGAUCUCGGGAGAAAUGGUGAUACCAUGGUAGUGGGAAUUGAACAUGAGGAUGUGUUUUGGGAUAUAUUACGGGAGGAGCGAGCAGAAAAUAUCCGAGUGCGAUCAAUAUUUGUGGAUGACUUAACCUCGCCGGUCUUGCGCAUGCUGGGCACAACAUACAACAUCGAACCAUUCUUUUUCACGUCCUCCAUAAAUUGGAUACCCUCACGAUAUCAGGAAGCACCUGUUCAUAAAAAAGGAGAUCACAUCACUAUCACCCUGCCAUUUGUACGAACGCUGCGCAAAAAUUCUCGAUCAGCACCCACCUUUCCAACACCGCUAUCGCAACCCCCGACAGAUAAUCAGAUCAACACCCAGGCUCCUUUCCCUAUGAGUGAUGGCAGCACGCUCUUCAUCGACCUUCUCGCAAUUCACAUGGUCCGGGACGUAAAGACAAGCACAAUCAUCUCCUACCAUCCCGAGUCCACAUGGUGCCGGACAUCCGCGAAGCGCCUUCACUCGCUCAUGCAGCUUGUAGGGGACAGUGUGUACUGGCAAAAAAUAUUCGACAGGUCAAAAGACCCGACGUUCCUCUUCCUCGCGAUUUUGUGGUAUCCACUAUAUGCAUGGGAUGAGUCCUUUGAGCUGCUGUACACCCAUGUUAGUGAACUGGAGUCAAAAGUAUUGCAAACGAAUAACACGGAGCUCACGCGCGAUCUUCAUGUCCUCCAAGCGCAUCUCUUGCACUAUCAAUCACUCCUUCAUAACUUCAAGGUAUCAGUACAAUUUAUCGCGAAGACACACAAUCCGGCCAUGGAGUCCAGUGACGCGUUCGAGCUCAAUGAAUCAAAGGAACUUAUGAAGACGGAGUCCGACAAUCUACUCAGCGAAAUUGAUCGUCUAGAAAAGCGACGUGCGAUUCUGACCAACCGACUGAAGAAUGUGAUGGACCUUGCUUUUGCGACUGUUAAUCUCAUCGACAGUAAGCUGACGCGAAGACUGACGGAGGCGACAGUCAGGGACUCAGCAGCCAUGAAACAGAUCUCAUACCUCACAAUGGUCUUCCUGCCGGCAACGUUCUUAGCGUCUGUGUUUGGAAUGAACGUCGAAGAGUUCAGUAGUGGAGGUUACCAGACGCUUGCCCACUACCUCGAGGUCACAUUGUCGCUCACGCUCUUCACAAUUUACGUCGUUAUCACGCUUCAGACGCAAAGCUCAUUCCACGCCCCCGAUGCUCCAUUCAUGCAGCGUACAGUGUGGCCGGUUCUUACUCUCUGGAAGAUUGUGUAUAUGUAUAAGCCAAAGGAGAAGACGGUGAAAAACAUAGUAUAA